AUGGGCCGCGACUUGAGGGCUGGCGUCAUUUCCACACGCCGCUUCCGCGUGUUCGGCGAUUCGCGUCCGGAACAGUCUUCCAGUUUCUCCGACGUAUUUUCUUUACUCACAACUGCGCCAGACCCGCCAAACGACUCCAGAUGUUUCUCGCCAUGGCAGUGGGUCUUUUGGUCUCAUCACCUGACGCCUUAUGGUGGCCUCCGGUCUGUGGGCAUCUCCAACCCCAAGUGGUGCGAGAAGGCGGCUAACGGCCUCGGAGACGUUCUUGAUUUACGGGAUCGCUCGCCAGAAUUUGGGGUCGGCGCGGUUUUGUCGCUCGUCUCGUUUCCGCAUGCACCGGUUGACGAAGUUGCGCAGGUACCCAUUUUCUCUGAAAACCCAUCAAAGAUAUUGAAAUUCGGCAACCUUGUCUUCCGAUCCACUGCAGUGCGUCUCAACACGCCGAUAUAG